GUAAGCUUAGAAAGAGUGUCUUUAAACUCCCCAAUGGGAAGGAGGUUUGUUUUCCCUGUCUCUUAGGAGACCAGGGUAACAGGUCACAGGAAAGCAAGUGUUGGUGCCAGGGCCUCCGGUGGAUUCCAGACUGCCUCUUCAGAGACAGGUCAUGGACACGGUGCGUAUUGCGGUCGUCGGAGCUGGCGUGAUAGGGCUGUCUACUGCCGCCUGCGUCUCCCAGCUGGUCCCCCGAUGUUCCGUUACUGUCAUCUCAGACAGGUUCACACCUGACACCACCAGUAAUGUAGCAGCUGGGAUGCUCAUUCCUCCCACGUAUCCAGAUACGCCCGUGCCCACGCUGAAGCGAUGGUUUAGAGAGACCUUCCAGCAUCUUUCUGAAAUCGCCAGGUCUGCAGAGGCUGUGGAUGCCGGCAUUCACCUGGUGUCUGGCUGGCAGAUAUUUCGCAGUGUCCCCACUGAAGAAGUACCUUUCUGGGCUGAUGUCGUGCUGGGAUUUCGAGAGAUGACCGAGGCUGAGCUGAAGCGAUUCCCUCAGUAUGAGUUUGGCCAGGCUUUUACCACCCUGAAGUGCGAGACUUCUGCCUACCUCCCCUGGCUGGAGAAAAGAUUAACCGUAGGGGUCUCCGUUGGCCAAGCGCAGAGCCAGACUGUGGUGCGAAGUGGAGAACCCUCAAAGUGCCCGGAAGCCUGUUGUUCCAGUCGUUCUUCAUUUCUGGGAAGUGGGUGAGCGAGCGGUGUCUGCCAAAGCUCACCCCAGUCUCUCUUUCCCAGGAUAAAGGGAAGUGGAGGUCUGCUACUCACCAGGAGAAUAGAAGACCUGUGGGAGCUGCAGCCAUCUUUUGAUAUCGUGGUCAAUUGCUCAGGCCUGGGAAGCCGACGACUUGUGGGAGACGCCACGGUUUCCCCGGUUAGGGGCCAAGUGCUCCAGGCACAGGCCCCUUGGGUGAAGCAUUUCAUCCGCGACGGGGGCGGGCUGACUUACGUUUACCCUGGUACCUCUUAUGUAACCCUGGGAGGGAGUAGACAGACAGGAGACUGGAAUCUCUCCCCGGAUGCAGAACUUAGCAGAGAGAUUUUCUCUCGAUGCUGCGCUCUUGAGCCUUCCCUCCACAGAGCCUGCGACAUAAAAGAGAAAGUGGGCCUGAGGCCCAGCAGGCCGGGUGUGCGUCUGCAGAAGGAGAUCCUAGUCCGGGGAGAGCAGAGGCUGCCUGUGGUCCACAACUACGGCCAUGGGAGCGGGGGCAUCUCAGUGCACUGGGGAUCUGCUCUGGAAGCCACCAGGCUGGUGAUGGAAUGCGUCCAUACUCUCAGGACCCCAGCUUCCCUAUCAAAGCUGUAGCUGACACCAGAUAACAGCAGUGAAUCCUGGCGAUAUGGGUCGAAGCACAAUUCGAGGUCCAUACCGGGCCUCGUAGCUUUCCGGCUGCUCGAAAGUUAAGUCAGACCUUUGUUUCCGAAUUAGAAACUGCGCAACACCUAUCAGUAGAUGUAGAAAGCCAGUCAGGACAGGGGCGCAGAGCUCCUUUUUUUUUUUUUUUUUUUUUUUUUGUCAAAAUACGUACUAUUUAGAAAUACCUGAUCUAGGGCUGGAGAGAUGGCUCGAGGGUUAAGAGCACUGACUGCUUUCCCAGAGGUCCUGAGUUCAAAUCACAGCAACCACAUGGUGGCUCAUAACCAUCUGUAAUGGGAUCUGAUGCCCUCUUCUGGUGUGUCUAAGACAGCUACAGUGUACUUAUAUAUAAUAAAUAAAUCUUUUAAAAAAAA